GAGAGAUUUAGUUGAGUUGAGGGCUGUCUCUGCCCAUAAAUAACCACUGCCCCUAGUCCUGACAGUCAGAAAGAAUUAGGUGCUGCUAAAGCCAUGAAGGAAUGGCCUCCGCCUCUUCCUCCUCUGCUUCUUCUGUUGCUUCUCUCUCUCUCCUCUGCAGACGACACUCUCUCUCCAGACACCCCGCUUGCCGAUGGAAACAGCACCCUGGUAUCCGCUUCUGGGGUCUUUGAAUUAGGCUUCUUCAGCCCAGGGAAUUCCAGGAACAGGUACCUGGGCUUAUGGUAUAAGAACAUAGGAGUUCAAACAAUUGUGUGGGUCGCAAAUAGAGAAGACCCCAUCGCAGAUCGGACAGGGCUUCUGAAGAUCGGCGGCGGCGAUGGAAAUCUCAUUCUCUCUAACCAAUCGAGCUAUGUUUUCUGGUCGACGAAUACGUCGAGCGCAGGCGGCGGCGCUGCUGCUAAACCAGUCGCUCAGCUUCUGGACACCGGCAAUUUCGUCCUGAAAGCAGAUGCCGGCGACUCCGACGGCUUCUUGUGGCAGAGCUUCGACUACCCGACCGACACUCUGCUGCCGGGAAUGAAGCUCGGAUGGGACUUCAGACGAGGGCUCGAUCGAGCUCUCACUACUUGGAAAAGCCCGGACGAUCCUUCUGCGGGGGACUACACUUUCAAAGUGGACCCUCACGGAUCGCCGCAGGUGUUCAUACGGGAUCGGUCGGCGAUAGAGUACCGCAACGGGCCGUGGAACGGCGUCCAAUUCAGCGGCGAGCCGGAGAUGCAGCCGAACAGCGUAUUCGCCUUCCAUUUCAUCAAUGACGACGACGAGAUGUACUACAUGUACCAAGUUACCGACAAUUCUGUUGUGUCGAGGUUUGUGAUGAACCAAUCCAUGAUUCAGAGGUACGUUUGGUUCGAUUCGCGGGUGCAGUGGAGCUUAUAUUGGUCGAUGCCGAGAGACCAAUGCGAUUACUACGGAGAGUGCGGGCAUUUCGGCGUGUGCAAUUCGAAUGACUCGCCGAUCUGUGAAUGCUUACAGGGAUUCGAACCCAAGGACUUGAGUGCGUGGAAUAUGAGGGAUGCGUCGGGGGGAUGUGUUCGAACAACUGAUUUGGAUUGUACGAGCGAUGGGUUUCUGAGGAUGAGUAAGGUGAAGCUUCCGGACACCGCGAAUUCCACCGUCAACGCUACGAUGAGCCUCGAGGAGUGCAGAGAGAGUUGCUUGAAAAAUUGUUCUUGCACGGCGUACUCGAGCUCCAAUAUAAGCGAAGGGGAUAGCGGAUGUAUCAUUUGGCCGGAUGAGUUGAUGGAUAUUAGGCAGUAUGUUGACGGAGGGCAGGAUCUUUAUGUUCGGCUUGCCGCAUCAGAUCUCCAAGCGGGAGGAGAAGACGAAAGCAAGAAUAAGCAAGUAAUGGUAAUAAUUGUGAUAAGCAUAGCAUCUGGCUUGCUUCUUUUAGGUUCCGGUGGAUUCUGCAUCUGGAAUAGGAUGCGGAAAAGAAGUCGCGGUAAUAUUAGAAGUGGGUUGAGGCUGGUUUCAUUUGAUUCUGUUACUGCAUUAGGCCCAACUCAAGGCCAUUUUUCUGAAGAAAAUAGCAGAGAAAAGGAAUUACAGCUUCCUGUAUAUGAUAUAAGCACCAUAGUCGCAGCAACAGAAAACUUUUCGGCAUCAAAUAAAAUCGGCGAGGGUGGAUUUGGCACAGUUUAUAAGGGUGAACUUGAGGAAGGGCACACUGUUGCAGUGAAGAGGUUGUCAAAGUACUCUUUACAAGGCCUCGAUGAGUUCAAGAACGAGGUUAUGUUGAUUGCCAAGCUUCAACAUGUAAAUCUCGUUCGCCUUCUCGGAUGCUGCAUUCACGGAGAGGAAAGGAUGCUGAUAUAUGAGUACAUGCGAAAUAAAAGUUUAAACACCAUUAUAUUUGAUAAAACUAGGUCUCCACAACUAACUUGGCCUAAGAGGUUCAACAUUAUUAUCGGCAUUGCUCGUGGGCUUCUUUACCUUCAUCAAGAUUCGAGGUUCAGGAUCAUCCAUAGAGAUCUGAAGGCCAGCAACAUUCUUUUAGAUGAAGAAUUGAAUCCAAAAAUAUCAGAUUUCGGUUUAGCGAGGAUAUUUGGAGGAGAUCAAACUGAUGCUUACACGAAGAAAGUAGUCGGAACAUAUGGUUAUAUGUCCCCAGAGUAUGCAAUGGACGGAAUUUUUUCUGUUAAAUCCGAUGUCUUCAGCUUCGGAGUUUUAGUCCUCGAGAUUGUAAGCGGAAAGAAGAAUAGAGGAAUUUACAGUACUGAGCCUCAACUAAACCUCCUUGGUCAUGCAUGGAGAUUGUGGAAGGAGGGGAACUUAAUGGAGUUGAUCGACGGCUCGAUGAGCUUAUGCAAUGUAUCUGAGGCUUUAAGAUGUAUGCAAGUUGGCCUUCUUUGUGUUCAGGAAAGAGCAGAAGAGAGGCCACACAUGUCUACUGUUAUAUUGAUGCUUGGUAGUGCAAGUGCUAUGCUCCCACAGCCUAAACAGCCUGGUUACUGCAGUGAUAGGAGCACUACUGACACUGAAUGGUCCUCAUCAUGUACGGCGAAUGAUGUAACCGUAACGAUCGUCGAAGGUCGAUAACUAAUGUGUGACAAUGUCUUUUGUUUUAGUACUUGUUUGUAGUUUGAAGUUUUUGUAAUAUAAUAGUUGAGUGGAAAAAAGAAAAGGUAUGCUCCUGAAUGGCUAAUUGAAUGCCUAAUUGCUAUCUAAAUUUAAGUUC